CGCCCCACAGCACAGCUCACAGUAGCGUAGCCACCCCCGAUCUCCCUAACUAAUGCACCAUGGAUCUCAUUCCCAUGGCAGAGAGCUUCCCGGCGAGGAUGUGCGAGAUCGAGGAGGAGGCGGAGUGCUUCAGGAAGAACCUCCGGACCAGGACGAGCAACAGCAAGCAGCAGGCGCUCAAGCCCAUGCCCCAGCCAAGCAAGGACCACAUCUCCGUCCUUCUCUCGACCACCGACGUAUACGAGGCUGUUGAGCACGUAGCCACUAAGAUGGCGAGUGGCCUCGUCGUUUCGGACAAUGGUGGUGGUGGCGGCGGCGACAGCAGCGGCAGUGACAAUUUCGGGUCGCAGCUCGACUACACUUUCAUCAUGUCUCAGCACAUUAAGGACAUGGUCAACGGUGGCGGCGACAUCUGUGAGCUUGCUGCACAAGUGGCCAUUCAGGUGACGAACGGCCUCCAGAUUGUUCCCGUCACCUCUCCGGCGGCGCAGGUCGGGGCCAACAACAACGCCCACGACGACUUCAGUAUCAACAUAGACCAAUUCAACGAGGAGCCGCCUACCACGGUACUAUCCUCAGCACAGCUCUCACAAGCGCUGAUGACGGUAGCCUUGCUCACUAUGGCCAUCGACGUUGGCACUGUGCUCUACAAGCCGGUGAGAGGCGUGGUGUUCGGCCACAACAAGCUCGCCUAUUACCUCACCCUCGCUGGUAUUUUCAUUGCCGGAGUAGCGGAGGCCCUGAUCUCCUCCUGGCUGUCCCGCUCUCACGAGGUUGACAAGCGUUGUUUCUCAUUCGGAAGGGCUGUCCUAUGCGCCUCGCUUGUGCCAUUUGUCGCCAUCAUCGGCAUCGGAGGUUUCGCUUUCGUGGAAGGCUGAUAGAACUCUUCUACUUGCUUAUGAUGACGACACCCACAGUUACUUUAUAAGAACAUCUUCAUAUAUUAGUCGGUUUAGUUCUCCAAGGCUUAUGCGCCAAGUUGACGUACAUUGAAAUUUUAAUGAUCUACAUGAUCAUACAUCACGCGGCCCUAGAGGGUAACCCGCUUCAACACUGCAAUCCCUAUCAUUAUAUUCUUGAACCGGGCAUUACCCCCUUUCCAUUAAUUAGUUGCAUAACAGAGAUACAACGUUCA